GGGAGGCGGACUUUGGCGGACUCCGGGAGCCUCUUGCCGGCGGGUUGAGAGGAGCGGAGGAGGGAGGCGGCUCCGGGCUGGUCUUCUGCAAGCAGGUGCUUCUUUGGGUUCAGUCCUUGGCCGCGACCCCCUUCCGUGGGGAAGGGAAGGGUCUCAAAGCCCCCGCCGCGCCCCUUAGGAUACUAGGGUGCCCAGGUGCGGAAAGAGGGCAGGGGUCCUGCACCUGGAAUGGUUGUUCAACAGGUGCAGCUGCCAGGGCUCCAGAAGGAGGAGGUGCAGCAGCAUUUUUUAUCAUUUUUAAUGGGAUUUGUGAACUCCUUAAAUCUUAAAAAAGAAAUCCCAAGCACCUCACUUAAAAUAAAACGUACAUUUAAAAAGUACUGGUAAAAGUCAGUUUUGUUUUGUUUUUUAAAAAAAGGUUGAUCUUUUAAAAUGCAAAAUAUAAAUGAAUCAGCAUGGUAAAAUGAAAUUAUAUGCUAAGAUACAAGUCGGCUUUGCAAAAUACCGUCACUGUUCUGAUAAAACUGAUCAUAGCUCUACGUAGUUGCAUAGAAGACAGCUGUUCAGCAGGUGCAGCUGUCAGGGCUCCUACAACAAUUAAUUUCAUUUUAAUGGGAUUUGUAAACGGCUUAAAUCUUUAAAACUGCCAAGCACCUUGCUUAAAAUAAAAAAGACAUUAAAAAGUAUCAAUAAAAGUCAGAUUUAAAAACAAGCUGACCUUAAAAAUAAAACAACAAACUAUCAAUAAAUUAGCAGUUUAAAAUAUACAUUGUAAAAUAAAGUGAUAUGUUAAAAUGCAAGUCAACUUUACAGCAGUAUUCUGGAGCAAAAUACCAUCACUAUGCUGAUAACACCCAGUCAUAGCUGUGUACAGUUGCUUAGAAGUUCAGCAAGUGUAGCGUUCAGGGCUCCUGCACCAUUAAUGGUUGUGUAGAAGGAGGAAGUUCAGCAGGUGCAGCUUGUGGGGCUCCAGCACUUUUCACAUCUGUGUAGAAAAAGUAAUGCCAGGCAGUGUAGCUUGCUCUGCAAGUUCUGGCUUCCCCAGCUUUUAAAAGGGAUCUUGAAUUGACUUGUAGCAAUGAGAAAAGAGAAAACCUUCCUUCCUUAUAAGGUGCAAUGAUGGCCACUGACAUACAGAUACCUUUAAAAAAGGAUCAGGUAAAUUAGUAGAGGAUAAGACCAUUGAUGUCUCCUAGCCACAAUGGCAACGUUCUCCCUCCAUUGUCAAGCAUUCUUUGGGAAGAGGGAUUGAUUUUUAAGCCAUUCCAGGAAUUGUAGAUCCAUGACAGGGAUAGGGUUUCUCAUAACAAUACUUAGCACCAUUAACAAACCACUUCCCAAAAUUCUUCCUAUACCGCCUUAAGUGUUUAGUUCAGAUGGGGCCCGAGGCUGUAGGUUUUGUCUAAUGUGUCUUUGUUGUCUUUCCCUUCCAUUAGGGAGAAGCCUCCUUUCCUUAACCCAGAUUCCUAAAUUCUGUCUGUAUAAGAAAUCUUCUCUACCUGUGGACUUCUCUGAAAACAACUGGCCACUGCAGGUCAGGCAGCAGUGGAAAAUGGCAGCAGAGCGCGGCGAUGUAUCGACACUGGGUGUAAAGUUAAAGUCUGCCCCCUGGACUACAAUUAAAGUUGAGGAGCCGGACCCAGAAACGGAGCAGAGUCUGGUUCUUGAGAUCCAGGAAGGGAGCACUAGAGGAUUCUGGGAAAGAACCGUUCCGCCACAGGCAAACCGGGAAGGCAACGAAGAGGUGCAGCGGAGCUGGGAAGCUCAACUUCAGGGCUUUGUGAAGGCGCUCGAGUCCCCUCAUUUGGACAGGGGCCGCUCUCAACCGCCACGGCCCACCCCGCAGGACAAUUGCGUUAGGGAGGUGGCUGGAGGACAAAGGGCCACCAAACUCCCGCCAGGCCUCUGCUCGGAGGAGUCACACAAAACCCUGCUGCCCCAAGAUGGGGCAGGCGGCGGGACAGUGAAGGAAGAGGCUCCGGAGGGGGAGACGGUCGCUGAGGAUACUCUGCGGCUGCGCUUCAGACAUUUCUCCUGCCGCGAAGCGGAGGGGCCGCGGGACGUGUGCCGGAGGCUCCGCGAACUUUGCCAUCGGUGGCUGAAGCCUGAAAGGCGUACCAAAGAGGAGAUUGUGGAGCUGGUGGUCUUGGAGCAGUUCCUAGCCCUUCUCCCGAAAGAAAUCCAGAGCAGGAUCAGGGCCUGGGACCCAGAGACUUGCUCCCAGGCAGUGGCCUUGGCGGAAGAUUUCCUGAUGAGUCAGCGGCAGGAUGAGGAGGAAGAAAAGAAGGAGGUAGCUGGGUUUGAUAACUGAGUGGUCCUCGUCCAGCCUUGCUUUAUUUUGUUUAUUCCGGGGAUGGGAAACCACGGUCACCUUCCAGUUCUUUGCCAGACUUCAACUCCCAUCAGCCGCAGCCAGUGUGACCAAUAGGCAUUGGAUGAUGGGAGUUGUAGUCCAGGGAUUAUUUAACUGUAAGCCACUUUGGGGGCGCAAGAACACUGAGUAAUGGCUUUGUCCUUCUCUGUGCAGGAUUAGCCAGUGUGGUGUAGUGGUUAAGAGUGGUGGACUCGUAAUCUGGUGAACCGGGUCCGAUUCCCUGCUCCUCCACAUGCAGCUGCUGGGUGACCUUGGGCUAGUCACACUUCUCUGAAGUCUCUCAGCCUCACUCACCUCACAGAGUGUUUGUUGUCGGGGAGGAAGGGAAAGGAGGUUAGGGUAGUGAUAAGGCGGGAUAUCAAAUCCAAACUCCUCCUCCUCUUCUUCUUCAGAUCACUCAUCAAGAUGGAAAGGCCAGGGCUCAGUGGCAGAGUUUCCUGACCUCUCUCAUAAUGCCAAAACUCAUGGCCUGAAUGUUGGAAGUUUCAGAACAGACAAAAGAAAGAGUUAAACUGUGGAACUCGCUGCCACAAGAAGCGGCAAUGGCCACCAACCUAGAUGACUUUAAAAGAGGACUAGACGCAUUCAUUGAGGAGAGGGCUCUCAAUGGCCAUUAGCUAUGAUGGCUGUGCUCAGCCGCCACAGUGAAAGGCAGUAAUGCUUCUGAACACCAGUUGCUAGAAAGAGACGGGGAAAGGGCUCUUGUGCUCAGAUCCUGCUUGUGAGGCAGCUUGUUGGCCCCGUGAGAACAGGAUACUGAUCCAGCAGGCUCUUCAUAUAUAUAUUUGCAGAAUAUACAUGUAGGUAUCUGUUCAGAAUGAGACCAAGAGCAUCAAGUGAUACUGAGGACAAUCCUAGCAACGUUUUCCAGUGUAUUUCUUAUCAACAAAAAAAUGUGGUGCAGUGUGUGAGCACAUUUUUAUUCUGGAAAGUGUGGCCCAGAGAAAAAAGUUUGAGAACCACUGAUCUAGGAGGAAGCCCAUGAGUUCUAGUGGUACAAAACACAGGGAGAAAAACCUUUAUCUUGCCUGCUUUCCCUGCUCCUCUGUUACGUUCCCCUGCCUAACUUGCCUUUUCCCUUAACUAAAUAUAUAGGCACCUGUCAAUGAGAUGCUGUUUCUCAAUGCUGUUUCAGGUAAUGAGGUCAUCCAGGGAUAAGCCAGAUAGUCUUCCUACGGCAGAAGCGGAACCCCUGGACUUGUGCCAGCAGACGCCAGCCCUGAAGGAGAUCAAACAAGAGGAGGACUUGGACGUUACCAUGCAGGGUAAGGACCUUUUCUGUUACUGGAUUCACAGUUUCCAAUUAGGGGCUUCGUCAAAAGACAUUUGAUGAAUCUGGCAUACGGUUCUGGUAUGAAUGUUUCCCCACCACCACCCUAAUUUUGCCGCUUGCCGAAUUCUGCACAUGCUAUAGGGCUGGGUGCUUUAUCAAAUAUCGCUGAAAACUGGUUUGAAUUCCAUAUUGUCUUAUCAGUUUCAUAGUUUUUGACUUAGCAAUGUAUUGCGAAUCAUGAUACGUGUUUGUGCGCGCGCUAUGCAAAAAUCGCAAUGUGGGGAAAACCGUGACCAUCCUCAUUUCAGACAUUGUGAUAUAUCAGUACACUCGUACCUUGGAAGUCGAACAGAACCCGUUCUGGAAGUCCGUUUGACUUCCGAAACGUUUGACUUCCAGAGCGCAGGAAGCUCCUGCAGCCAAUCGGAAGCCGCAGAAGCCCUGUCAGACGCAGUUAAAAAUGCCGUCGCCAUUUUGGGAGGCACUGUCGGAGCUCUUGAGUCUGGGAGGAGAAAGAGAGAAACAGAGUUGUUUACAUAUCGUGGACUAACUCCUCAGUGGGACUUAAGAGUGACAACUGCCUAAUUUAUGAUGGAAAGAGCGAUGUUAUCUACGAAGGAGAUGAUAUAUGGAAACCAUCUGGACUUAGAUUGGAAGAACGGGAAAUUCACACAGGAUUAUUAUAUUUGCUUAUCGGCUUAAGGAGAUUAACAGAAGAGAUCGUAAAGGAAAAAGAGAAAUUAUAUGAACAAGAUAUGAUGUGGAAACACCAAGAUAAGAUUGGAUAGAACUAUGAACUCUGUUUGGACUGAUUGGGACUGAUUUGGACAUUAAUGCAGUAAUAAGAAGAUGAUUUGAAUCCCCCUUUGGAUCUUGAAGUAUGGGUUCCCCCAACAAAAUUUAAAAAUUUGGCUUUGUAAUUUGGAACGUAUGUGAUGUGAUUUAAUUUGAUGUGAUUGGCCAGUUAAUAAAAAUUAUUAUAAAAAAAAACCAAAAAAAACCAACAGAAGCCCCGUCAGACGUUCGGCUUCCAAAAGAACGUUAAAAAACCAGAACAAUCACUUCCGGUUUUUGAUCAUUCAGGAGCCAGAACGUUCAACUCCCAAGGCGUUUGGGAGGCAAGAUACGACUGUAUAUCACAAUGUUUAGCUGGUGAUAUCUCACAAAGUUGAAAAGCAGCUCCAUCCUUAAUCCAGAUCUUGUGCUAUAUCUGAAUAUCGUGAUGUUUAGCCAGUGAUAUAUUGUCAUGUUGAAAACUGGAUAUCGCCCAGCCUAACACACUGGAAGGUCCCUUUGAACUCUAUGAUUCUAUGACUCAAGGGGGCUGCACCUCUUAUCAUCCCUGACUGUGGGUCUUGCUGGCUAUGCUCUGGCGGAGGCAGUGGGAACCACAGGAGGGGAGAGAGCUCUUGGGCUCAGAUCCGGCUUGCAGGUUCCCCCAGGCAUGGUUGACCGCUGUAAGAACUGCUGGACUAGGUGGGCCAUUGGCAGGAUCCUGCAGCUGGGCUCUUGUUACAUUCUCAUGGCUGUGGAGGCUGAUGGGAACUGGAUUCUUCACUACAUAUGAAAUAGAUCAGGGGUCAGCAAACUUUUUCAGCAGGGGGCCGGUCCACUGUUCCUCAGACCUUGUGGGGGGCGGACAAUAUGGGGGGGGUGGAAUUAACGAAUUCCUAUGUCCCACAAAUAAUCCAGAGAUGCAUUUUACAUAAAAGGGCACAUUCUACUCAUGUAAAAACACGCUGAUUCCCCGACUGUCCGUGGGCCAGAUUUAGAAGGCGAUUGGGCCGGAUCCGGCCCCUGGGCCUUAGUUUGCCUACCCAUGAAAUAGAUCACCAGGAGGAAUGGAAAUGGGAUGGAGCAGCUGCAAUUCUGGCAGAACAAAGGGUGGCAUUCAACGUCACACUGAGUUAAAGGUCCCCCAGCGGUCUACGAGUUGUGCUUGCACAAGAGAAGGCCACGGAUCUCACAGCUGGUUUCAAAACUGAUCGCUGUAGCCGCUGAUACUUCUAGUUGCACAACUGUUUUGCUGGAUGUCUUAGCUUGCAACCGUUAUUCUUGCCCUUACAUUGGUGGACAAGAGAGCAUUGAAUCUGGACCAUAGGUAGGAUUCAGCUUUCUCAGAAUAGACCCAUUGACAUGAAUGAACAUGACUAAGUUUGUUCUGUUAAUUUCAGUGGCUCUGCUCUGCAUAAAAUCUAGUUGAAUAACACCUGUAAUAUACCUUUUCUGCUCAUUUUAAUUCUUUGUCUUUAUAUGUAUGUCAGCAUAGAUAUCUCUGCUAACAAAUAAUCCCCGUUCUCAAAUCUUUGCUGCAGGGCUUGGGUGUAUUGUUCUUAGUAUUUGAUUUGGAUUUCAAUAAAGUUCUACAUGGGGAUCCGAGGAUAUCUUCUUUAUUCAGGUCUCCUGUUGUUUUAUUAAAAUGUGAUUCGAGGAUCCCUUUUCCACUGUUCAGGAGAUCAUUUAGUUUCUGCAUUCUCCCCCUUUGUAUUCUAGAAAGUAAUUUGAGGAAGGAGAAGACCCAUACAGAAGUCUCUGGAGACGUGCAGCCAUAUUGGAUGUCGUCAGGGAGCUGCGACCAGCACAUUUCCCCCCAUCCUGAUUUUUGGGAAGCCUCCGAGAGACGCAUGGGAAGUGGACCCGAGAAUGAAAGCUUGAUUCAUUGUCCUCAAGGCUGUUGCAAACAAUUCAAUGGAACAAGCAACCACCAGAGAAUCUUCAAAGGCGAGGGACGGAUCUCUUGCACUGAGUGUGGGCAGCUUUGCAGAAGCGAUCAUGGUGAAGAUUGGAGAAUGCACUUGGAAGAGAAGCCUUACGAGUGCUCGGAUUGUGGGAAAAGGUUCAGCCGGAAAGCCGACCUUGUCAGUCAUCAGAGAAUACACACGGGGGAGAAACCCUACAAAUGCCCAGACUGCGGGACCAGCUUCAGCGACUGCUCGAGCCUCAGCAGGCACCGCAGGACCCACAGCGACGAGAGGCCCUACAUCUGCUCGGAGUGUGGGAAGAGCUUCGCUCAGAGAGCAAACCUUAUUAAGCAUCACCGGACCCACACAGGGGAGAGGCCUUAUACCUGCUUAGAGUGCGGGAAGAGCUUCAGCCAGCAGUCGAACCUGAUCUUGCACAGGAGAACCCACACAGGAGAGAGGCCCCAUAAGUGCCCUGAGUGCGGGAAAGGCUUCAGCCGGAGGUCGCACCUCCGUGUCCACGAGAGAGCCCACACCGGAGAGAAGCCGUUCCUGUGCUCGGUUUGCGGGAAAGGCUUCAGCCGGAGGCCUAAGCUGGUGACGCACCAGAGAAUCCACACGGGAGAGAAACCGUACGAAUGCUCUGACUGUGGCAAAGGUUUCACGGGAGCCUCUAGUCUGAACAGGCAUAAGCGGAUUCAUUCCGGGCAGAUCCCACAGGUCACCCCACGGCAACUGAUUUUUAACAGAAGCCAUGUUUUGAACUGAGCAACGGUUUUGAGAUGUUUAGUAGGCCUCAAAAACCUACAGUGUUCAGGAGGCCCCAAAGGCCUACAAGCCCCAAUGACCCACUUCUAUGCACAGUGGACUCUGGUGUCGUGGUUUGAGCGUCCGGCUAAGACUGUGAAUAUCCGAGGUUGUAGUCAAUUCACUCCCAGCCUGAGCGGACCCAUUGAAACGAAAGAACCUACACCAGUCAUGUCCGUUAACGUCUGUGUGUCUACUCUGAGUAGGACUAGCAUUGAAUACGACCGCUGGGAUCAAAUCCCCACUCAGCCAUAAGGCUUCCUUAGGGGACCUUGGGCUAGGGCAGUGGUUCCCAAACUUUUUCGGGUCACUGCCCUCUUGGUUCCAUAAGCUCACCCCCCCAGUGCCCCCUACACUAUGAAAGGCAUUAUUCAGAAUAGCGGUUUCCACGACCCGCUGAGGAAGAUAACAACACAAUCAAAUUCAAAACAGGAACAAUUAAUUGCACAGAUAUUCUAAAUCCAGUUAAAACUAUUUCGUAGCGUUGGAAGGGACCCUGAGGGUCAUCCAGUCCAACUCCGUGCAAUAAUUUAGUUGAAUUCAACAAAAUUGAUUAACUUGAUCCCCUGAUGCCAGCUUUUCAAAGUCUGCUGGUCACUUACACUUCCUGUGUAUAUUGUUGUUCUUUACAUUUUAAGCAAUGUGCUCCUUGUAUUCUCUUUCCUCCACCCCGGCAUCCCUUAGAGUCUGCUUGAAUUUAUUUUGCCACAAGUUUGUGUUCCAUUUUGUUCCCUACAUUUGAACAAGACUUACGUUUUCUGAAAGAUGCCUUCUUGCCUCAAAUAGUUUCCUUGACUCUGCUCAUUAACCACGCUGGCAUCCUCUUGGCUCUGGUGGCACCUUUCCAAUUUAUUCUAGCUGAGCUUCUGUUAUUGAGGUUUUGGUGCCGCCCCACUUUGGGACAGAGAUUUGACCCCUUUGGCUUUCCUUUUCAAAAUUCUUUAUACUAAUUCCUUAGUUUUUGUAAGGUUCCUCAAUUUGAAGUCAAACAUGACUGAGUUGGACCUCCUUGGCCUUUGUUCAGUCAUAAAUAUAUUGGAUUUGAUAGCGCUUGGGUCGGCAUUUCCAGUUGGUUCAAUACCACUUAAGUAUCCUGCCCCAAAGUCCUAAGCAGCACUUAAGAUCUCAGCCUAGACUGCCUCACAAGGUUGUUGGUAAGGGGAAAUCCUUGCAAGGUGGGGUAUAAAAAUGUAAUAAAACACAUAAAAUAAGUAGAAAACCAACGUAUGGGCAGUGAUGUGCGAUCCCCUCCCCUGGAAAAGUGGAUUUUGUGUGAUCCCUUGGCAUAUUCACUUAAUGAGGGGUGAACGAUGCAUGUGUGAACUUGCCGCAAGAAGGUGAUUUCAGGGGCAUCUGGGGAGCUUACAGAUGGCACUUGAAGCAUGAAUGGGGAGCCGGUGCCCCUCAAUAUGUUGCUGGACUCCAUUUCCCAUCAUCCCUGACCAUUGGCCAUGCUGGCAGGGCCUGAUGGGAGCUGGAAUACAACAACAUCCCGAAGGCCACAGGCUCCCCAUUCCUGGAUUAAAACAUCCACUGUAUAUUUUGGAAUCUUGUUUGUCUGUUUAAUGUGCAUUUUUGGACACCUCUUAAGAUCAUUGUGACCUAAUUUCCAAUUACUGUCCCUGAGUUCAACACACAGGCUUUCUUCCGUGUUUGGAUACAGCUGGAUGCCAUUUUGAAUCAAGAUGGCUGACUAGACCCUUCAGAACAACACUGAUUUAAAAACUGCAGUGAUUUUGUUGUGGUCGUUGUUACUUAGGGUUGUAUCCAGUGCUGGUCCUACUCAGAGUAGACGGAUUGAAGUGAAUGGGCAUGACUAACUUAGGUCCAUUAAUUUCAGUGCGUCUACACUGAGUAGGACUUUGCUAGAUAUAGCCCUUAGGAUUCCAGAGGAUUGCCUGUGCAUGAGGCUGCUAGUCAGUAAAUAAAGUCCUGCUUAUCCAGAAAGUUCCUUUCCAGUUGUCCUUCUGUUCUCUGGCUUCCAUAAUAAAUGCCCAUAACCAACUGUUCCCUGGGUUCAUUCCCUUCCCUUCUCUCUUUAGGGUCUAAAAAUCCUUUGCAGUGGACUUAGGCCCAAUCUGUACUAUACAUUUCAAGCAGUACUGGAGCUCUUCAAGCAGUCGUGGCUUCCUGCAAAGAAUCCUGGGAAGUGUAGUUUUUUUUUAAAAGGGGGGGCUGAGAGUUGCUAGGAGACCCAUAAUGCCCAUUCUAGACUGUAAAAGUGGCAGCUUUUACACUUCAGAACUCCCUGCUCAUUGACAUUCGGCAGGUGCCUUUUCAGCACCUGCUAAAAUCUUUUGUGUUUAGGGAAUCCUACCUGGACAUGUAAAAUUGAUGUGCG